AUGCUUAGGGAAUAUUACAAAAGUUUAAUUAUACUACAGCUCAUUAUAAUAGUCUCGGAAAGUCGGAAAGUGAAGAUAGAAACAUCUCAUCCUCCAAGGGAUUACAGACCUUCGAAAUGGCUGUCCAAUAGCGCUAUGGAUAUGUGGUUCGGAAAUAAAUCUAUCGUUGAAAUUAUUGGUAGAGAAUUUGCUGACGUCGUCAAUCGAUUUGCCAGCAGGCGAGCCCGAGAUGUUCUCAUACAAAAAUACUCAAAUCAAGAAUCGACUAAAAAUAAUUAUUCAGCAUCGAACGGAACAUCGCACUACAUAUAA